AUCAACAAAUAACAAUCUAAUCAAGCGACGAAAACCAAAACGCGCAAGGCGAACGGCACAGGCGCGAUCGGGCCAAGCGAGCGUCCCCCCAGGGAAUUCAGAACCCAGCCGCCGCGCCCCGCCGCCGGCAGCCGCCGUCUCCGGCGCCCCUCUCCGGCACCUCCGACGCCGCCCGCGUCCGGAGCACCCUCGACCCUUCGAUUCGGAGGCUGGUUCGCUGAGGCUCGAGGCGACGCGAAUUGUUAUCGAUAGCUAUGCAGAGUCAACUUGUCUGUAAUGGCUGUCGAAGCAUUCUUCUUUAUCCAAGAGGGGCUACAAAUGUUUGCUGUGCAUUAUGUAACACAAUAACCUCUGUUCCUUCUCCUGCAUAUGUAGGUGCAGAUAUGGCCCAGCUUAUAUGUGGAGGUUGCAGGACACUGCUUAUGUACACCCGUGGGGCAACCAGUGUGAGAUGCUCCUGCUGUCACACUGUCAACCUUGCACCAGUUACACCUGCUUCCAAUCAAUAUGCUCAUGUAAAUUGCGGAAACUGUCGGACGAUGCUGAUGUAUCCAUCUGGAGCUCCAUCUGUGAAGUGUGCGAUCUGUCAAUUUAUUACUAACGUUGGUGCGGGCAAUCCAAGGGUUUCUGUUCCACCACAAAGAAUCGAUGGACCACCGUCAGGGACAACACCGUCUACUUCAACGUCAAUGCCCCAAUCUACUCAAACUGUAGUGGUUGAAAACCCCAUGUCCGUUGACGAGAGUGGCAAACUGGUGACUAAUGUCGUCGUCGGCGUCACAACAGAGAAAAGGUGAUCUAUUGCCAACAGUUGAAUAUGGAUAUGGAGAUUGGUUGUGCAUACCUUGUGAGAAAGACAUUCACAUCAGUACUGGAGUCCCCAGUACAUUCAGAUUCCUGUCGCUGUAUUGAGGAUCUUGUAAAACUUCGUCUUCAUUUGUUUGGCCCUAUGGUACUUGUAGAGUGAAUAAAAGUCUUGAUAUUCCUACAUGAGCUUGGACAAAAAAGGUUAUCUACUUUUAUCAGUUGAAUAUGGAGAUGGAUGUUGGUUUGUAUAUGAUGUGGAUAAUAGCAUUUUAUAUGUGUACUUCAAGCACAUUCAUUAGUUCCAUGGA